GCCAACGCUGGUCUUGUACUUUUGUGCGAAUAAGUACGUUCUUUCUCGAAUAACAGCAUAUCUAACGGAUCGCGCUAGCCUUCUACUACACAAAAGCGGAGUAUGGUUCUCGAAUUGCAUAUUGGUUUGGAUUCGCGACGAUCGCAGGAGCAUUCAGUGGGCUCAUUGCCUUUGGAAUUCAGCACGCAAAAGUGUCGGUUGCGAAUUGGAGACUGUUAUUCAUUGUUGAGGGUGUUCCGACGAUACUGGUUGGGAUGGUUUGUAUGUUUGCCUUGCUAGAUAGACCAGAGUCUACUCAUUCUCUCAAUGCCAUUGAGCGAAAAUUGGCCUUGGUGCGUACGAGCAGGGGCACAAGUGGAGAUGUGGGUAAAGUGAUCAACAGGAGACACGUACUUGCCGCCAUUUUGGAUUGGAGGGUAAGCGGCGUGAUCUUUCUUCUCUGCACUAUGUUUGGGGUGCUUUAUUUCGGACUAUUUUGUGCUUCUGGAUCUAUCGGAGCCUUCCUGCCAACGAUAAUCGCUACCAUGGGUUACGCGAAUGCGUCGGCACAGUUACUGACCGUACCGCCGUAUACAGUGGCCACGGUCGUUCUUGUCUCAAUGGCAUAUACAUCGGAUAGACUGCAAAGCAGGGGGCCAUUCGUUUUCGCUGCCUGCAUCUUGGGUGCAGCAGGCUAUGUGUUACUAUUGUGUUUUCCUCACCAUCAGCGUAUCCGUUACUUUGCCGUGUUUUGUGCAACUACUGGCGCUUAUUCUGGAAUUGGACUCAGUAUGGCUUGGUUCACUCACAAUCUUGGCUCUGAAUCGAAAAGAGCUACUGGAAUUUCCUUGUGUGGAGCGAUUGGACAGGGAGGGAGCAUCUUGGGUUCGCACUUAUAUCCGCUCACUGAACAGCCUGAGUACAGGCGAGGAUUAAUUGGUUAGUAAGAUUCCUUCUCACUGAGAUGGCUGGUCUUAUGGUCUUCAAGUUUCAGGGUCUCUACUCCUAGUUUCUGCACUUUGUGCCCUGUUACUGAGUGUUGGCCGAAUGAUUCCUUCCCUCAUGGUCGAGCGCUAAACACCUUCCACUUCAGAUAUCUUACCGUUGGGACAACAAGCAACGAGAUAGACAGGUUGACUGCCAGAUCAUCGAUUUAGAUGCCAAGGUCGAUACAUCAGAGCAAGCGGAUAAGG